UAUCCUUUUGUUCUCUGUUCUAUAAACGUCACACAGACUUAGAUCACCACAACCAGGAACUUAAAACACGGCAAGUUAAAACCAGGAACUUUAGCGAUGCCGGGCAGUCACAGUUCUGCUCCGAUGCGGUUGAGAGGUGCACCGCCUCCCGCUCCCAUGAUGAACCUGAUUACUCACCGCAACAUCAGGAAACAGCCUCAGUACUACUCUCUAGAGCCCGAUAGGCAGAAGAUCCUAGCACAAAUAGUUCACCACGAAAUGAAAGAAGAAGAUGAGUACAAGGACAUGGAGUUCACACUGGAAAAUGGAAACGACAAGAUUGCGAGACGAAUCAAGGAGCUCGAGUUCAGAUUCCAAAGGAUAAAAGAGAUAAGGGAUUGUCACAGCUCAAAAUCUCAGAGUAUUCUCAGUCUAACAGUCCUGACCAUUACUCUACCUUUCGUUAUUUACUUCUUCCUUUUCAUGAUCUUCAUAGACAUGGACCGGACCAAUUAGCAGGUCGUGGUUAGGCCUAAUAUAUAUUUAGUUAGGCCUAACAUAUAUUAUAGACCUAAUAUAUGUAUAAUAUACAGUUAU